AAAAUAACAACAAAACGCCACGCCUGGUCUGUCGGUACGUUCGAUAAGUCGGUUUAUUCGGGCUCAGUUUCGCCGAGUUGUUAUUAGCGUCAGUCUACUUUCGUGCAUGCGAUAUAAUAGCCGAUAGAAUAAGUGUCUUGUAAAUUAAUUGUAAUUAUGUGGUUUCUGGUGUCUGUAUAGCUAAUGAUAAUGAACCCGUUUUCACUGUGAUUAAUUUGCAAUUCGAAGUGGUGUACGACUUAAAAUAAUUCGUUGUAUGAGUGGUGAGUUUCGUGAUGUGGUACAGCCGCCUCAAAUGAUGACUGACUAGAGGACAUUUCCUUAAAAGGGCAUUAUAUUGUCCAGACUACUUUUCUAAGAUUAUGUCAAGUCGAAGCUCACCGAUUUCCUGAAUCACUUAGAAAAUCACUUAAGUACUAUAUGUAUAGUUGUUUACAUUUUUUCGUGGAUGUUCUUUUGAAAUACCAAUACUGUACCAAAUUUAAUUGCUGUAAUAAGAUGUGGUCGAGUAAAUGGUACUUAUAAGAGCUAGCAACUCAUUGCUGGCAGGGUUUGUGCAAGAUAGCAUGGAUAAUGGUGGAGGAGCUAAACAAGCUGAUAGUUGGCACAAACAUGAACAAUUUAUGAUGGUUGAAAAACAAAAAACUAAAAAUCAUGGGCAAGGAUCCCAAGAUAUUAAUUUUGGAUUUGGUGGUGGGCCAUUAUAUGGUAGAAUUGUUGCUGAAGAUCAAUUGCCUAUGGUUGGUGGUGUUGCACCAAUUCAAGCAGAUAUUCAUGCUAUGCAAGCUAGAAUACCACCACAUUUUCGAGACCCUUCCACUGCUCCAUUAAGAAAACUUUCAGUUGAUCUUAUUAAAACCUAUAAAUUUAUUAAUGAAGUUUAUUAUGCCAAAAAGAAAAAGAGAGCUGUGGGUGGAGCUGCUGGAAUAAUUACUCAAACUCAAAACAAUGGAGCUCAAGUUGAAGGUCCAGUUGCUAAUAAAAAAGAAAGAAGAGUAUACAACGAUGGUCAUGAUGAUGAUAAUCAUGAUUAUAUAAUUAGAAGUGGCGAAAAGUUUUUAGAUCGCUAUGAAAUCAUAUCUUUAUUAGGAAAGGGCUCUUUUGGGCAGGUUGUCAAAGCUCGUGAUGAAGAGGAAGAUUGUUAUGUUGCAAUAAAAAUAAUAAAGAACAAAAAACCAUUCCUAAACCAAGCUCAAAUUGAAGUUAGACUUCUUGAAAUGAUGAAUAGAGCUGAUAUUGACAACAAAUAUUAUAUUGUUAAACUCAAACGACAUUUCAUGUGGCGAAAUCAUUUGUGUCUAGUAUUUGAAUUAUUAUCAUAUAAUUUGUACGACUUAAUACGAAAUACAAAUUUCAAAGGCGUUUCACUAAAUUUAACUCGCAAAUUUGCUGCUCAACUUUGCACGGCCCUGUUGUUCCUAUCUACACCAGACCUGUCCAUCAUACAUUGUGAUUUAAAGCCUGAAAAUAUAUUAUUGUGCAAUCCUAAGCGUUCCGCCAUAAAAAUUGUAGAUUUUGGUUCAUCUUGCCAACUUGGACAAAGGAUAUACCAAUAUAUUCAAUCAAGGUUUUAUCGGUCUCCAGAAGUUCUGCUUGGUAUUCCUUAUGACUUGGCAAUUGAUAUGUGGAGUUUAGGUUGUAUACUAGUAGAAAUGCAUACAGGAGAACCUUUGUUUAGUGGAACCAAUGAAGUUGAUCAAAUGAACAAAAUAAUUGAAGUAUUGGGUAUGCCACCAAAACACAUUCUUGACCAGGCUCAAAAAGCUCAUAAAUAUUUUGAUAAGAUAUCUGGUAGUGAUACUUAUACAUUAAAAAAACCUAAAGAUGCUAAAAAGUAUAGAAAUCCAGGAGGACGAAGGCUUCAUGAUAUUUUAGGUGUUGAAACUGGAGGACCAUAUGCUAGACGAUUAGGAGAACAUGGGCAUUCUGUUUCAGACUAUCUAAAAUUUAAAGAUCUUAUUGUACGAAUGUUAGAUUAUGAUCCUAAAUCCAGGAUUACACCAUAUUAUGCAUUACAACAUAAUUUUUUCAAAAGGACAUCUGAAGAAGGUACAAAUACUGCAAGCUGUAUUGCACAAGCAGGACUUCAUAGUUUAGGAGCUAGCCCACCAUUUAACAGUUUACCUAAUAACAAUGGCCAUGCAGAAUCAAACUUACAGUCAUCUGUAUCAAGAUUACGACCUGAACAUAAUCGAGGUAGAAUAACAAUGGAUUGUGAUCCUCCAUCUAUUGCCUCUAUGUACCAUGGUUACCAAGCAGUGCCAGUUGUCAGGCAUCAUUUAACACAUCAUACAACAGCUAUGUAUAACCCACCCAUAAAUCCAGCAUCUGCUGUUAGUUCAAUGAUUCACUGUCGACCUACGUCUCUGCCGUUCCUACAUCCCCAACAUCACCCUUAUCAGCCCAUACAAUCACAAUCUCCUCGUUCAUUGCAUUCAUUACAUAGCCAUCAAACAGUGCAACAAACUGUUGCCCGAGCUCUACCAUCCCAUUCAAACCGAACGAAACAAGAACAAGAUGAAAUGAUAAGGGUAUGUAUUGGACAGAGUCCGGUGGCUAUAAAUAUAACAUGAUAAAUAAUGUAGUCUGGAUAAAAACUUAAAAAGAAGAAAUAUGUUGGACUGUGAUUUUUUUAUUGAAGAAAGAAUGAUUAAUUUAAAGAAAAGAUAAUAGUAAUUUUGUUUAUUAGAGACAGAUUGAUAUAUGUUUUGUAAUAAAGUUUGAUUUGACU